CAGCUGCAAGGGCCAGGCACCAAGGGACCACGCCCCGACUCGAGGAAAAAAAGGCACACCCAACAAACAAAAUGAGUGAUUUUGUUAAGCUCCCUGCUGGCAGCAACGACAAACGGAAAUUGACCCACUCCUUGUUUAUCGGCGGCGGUUAGAUUGAUGACGCUGCCAGGGAAUUUGGGCCUGAGCAAUCUUGGAAGCACAUCCGACGGACGACCUUCUGCCCAUGGCAAAGAUCGUCGACGCGGCCAUCGGCGCACUGGCAAUCUGACGUUGCUCCUGCGCAGGCGGCGGGGGCCAAGCAUUGAAAGCACUGUCCAGGCCACGCGACAAGUCAGCUCCUAACCCAAGGCUCGUCGCCUUGGCUUCUCUCUCCCCAACACAGACGACGCCGAGCCCAGUCCGCCCAGCCCUCACCUCACCCAGCUCCGUGUCUUCAAGCUUCUCUUGCGUGAAACGUGGGGCGGAUUGUGCCUUUGGCCUUAAUAAAAACCCCUGCAAAGGGGACAAGGGCGAGUCCCUCUCCCCGUUCAGGCCAAGCCCAGAUGGUUGGUGAUCGGACGAACUGGCCUCUGCGUCGGAAAAAAUUGCUGCUGCACAGUGAGCGGCUGCGUCGCUUGCGAAUUUAGCGCCCUGCCAACUACCGGCGCACGAAGGAAGGGAACUGGAACUGAGGGGUAGAGAGAACUGGCAUGCGGGCCUCGAGGGAGGAUACCCUGCUCGUGCCCCCAUGCUCCAUUCUCCCUUGGCUGCGACCGCACAGUCGGCCGCACGCACGAGGUGUGGUGGUGGGCUCCCCCAGGGGCCGCAGAGAAGGGGGUGGGCGGGUACCGCAUGGAGGGGGGAGAUCCUCCUGAUCCUCGCUCACCUGGGCAUGGUAUAAGACGCCCGCCCUCCGCGCCGCGAUAUCACCUCUUUUCCUUUCCCUACCCUCACCGCACGCACACUCGGCCAUCACCGCCUGUCCACUCCUUUUUCGUGGCGUUCUGUCAACCGAAGUCGCGCAGAGCGCUGGACCACUCCUUUUCCAAGCUCGAAGCUUACAGCAAGAACAACAACGCCGAGCCAUCAGUCACUCCUUGAUAUCCAGUGUCUCGACAGUCCUUGCUGCACCCGACUAGAUCGAAAAGAACGAUUAGACAAACGACCCGCACGAAAAAAAAUCUUAUACCCGAUAUCUUUUUACCAUUUUCGUCACGAUGCAGUUCUCCACCAAGGCUUUCUUCACGGCGGCUCUGCUGGUCUCCAGCGCUCUGGCCCUGCCCAACGAGUCGACUCCCGGCGAGCGCAAGGCCUACUACAAGGGCGGGCGCCGAUUCCGCCAGAGCAAGCGUCCCUGCACCACCUCGUCUUCGGUCCUGCCCGCCACCACCACCGCCCCGGCUGUGGUCGUGGCUGCCGCUCCCCAGCCCACCCCGGAGCCCGUCGCCCCGGCCCCGCCCCCGCCCGUGGAGGACAAGGUUGUGAUCGUCACGACCACGCUCGCCCCUGAGCCGGCGCCGACCACCCCGCCCCCGGCGCCUCCGCCGGCCGCCGAGCCAACGCCCACUCCCCCGCCUACCGUCGCCGCACCACAGGUCAAGGCCCCGGCCCCGGCCCCCGCCGAGGUUAAGGUCGAGCCCACGCCUGCUCCUGCUCCUGUCUCCGCGCCCGCCGCCGCGGCGCCCGCCUCGGGCCUGAGCGGCGACGAGCAAAAGGCACUGGACGCCCACAACGCCGCCCGCGCGGCCGUGGGCCAGAAGCCUCUGGCCUGGGACGCGGGCCUGGCCGCCGACGCCAAGUCGUGGGCGCAGAACCUCGUCUCGGUCGGGUCGCUGCAGCACUCGACCAGCGGCCAGCGCGGCGACCAGGGCGAGAACCUGUACUGGCAGUCGCACGACAAGACGCCCUGCAAGAACGCCGCCGACUCGUGGGCCUCCGAGGUCAGCCUGUACGGCGGCCAGCCUGUCGGCCAGGGUGACUUUGCCGCCUACGGCCACUACACUCAAAUGAUCUGGAAGAGCAGCACCACGGUCGGCCUGGGCAUUGCCAACGACGGCAAGGGCGGCGUCUACGUUGUCGCCCGCUACAACCCUGCCGGCAACUUUGUUGGUCAGACACCCACCCGCUAAGGCGGCUCCAACCCCAUCUUCCUUUUCAUUUCGUGACAUUCAUGCCCUUCUGAUUCUCGUCCCCGCCCACGGUGAACUCGCAUUUUUGUGCUGUCGGUCCCCAUUCUCACGAGGACCGCGGUCAUUCGGCACUUUCAACACCUGCCAUUGAGCACCUUUCAACCAUUUUCUGUUUUUAGCCCGGAGACGGCGCGGCGCAAGUUGUCGGCCAAACCCAGGGCGCCUUGGCGGUGAUGCGCUGGUGUCGAGCCAGAAUUCCCUCCCAUUUGACGACGACAUUGUCUUCCUUGUCUGCUUCUCCUUCCUUGCUCGCAGCGAGAUACGAGCACACCAACCGUGGCUCCUCUGAGCUUGCUGGGCGGGAUAGAACAUGGAUUGGCCAUGUUAUAGGGACGGAAGACCCUUUCCUUUCGAUGUGUAUAUACUAGUCCAACCACUUCAGUUCUACCCUUUUUCUUUUCCCGCCCUAGGAUGCGAAAACAAAGCACCUAGAGCAAGCGCGCCGAACCCUUCAUCACACCCUGCCAUUUGGCUGGUGUGUCGUGGGGCGCGUUUUCCGGACAGACGGAUGAACAAUUAACAAAGCCGAUUCAAGCUUUU